AUGCGCCGUACGUUGAGAGUUGGUGCGGGGUUUAUACAGGCAUUAAACACUGGUAAGACCAACUUCUUCACAUCGCUGUGGAAUAAACCGCAGACACGUGAUGAGCGGAUAAAGGAAUAUGUACCAGAAGUAAUUGAUGAAAGUUUACGAGAGCAGCGUGCGGUAUUGGCAGAAACCACUUCCCGUGAUGUUAUUGUUGAACUUGGACACAAAGUAUUGCGAGAAAUUGAAAACAAAAGUCCAACACCAAGUAUCGCUCCUCAUUUAAAUAAAAUUCUUCUAGAGUAUGGAUCUAAAGAUAUCAUUUCUCAACGACCACUGAGUUAUUUAUUGUAUCCAAGUUCUAUGAUAGGUGGAGGGCAACCAUCUCAUGAACUUGUAACAAAUUUUAUUGAUAAUUUUCGAAGUCUUGUGGAAGAAGUAGAACGGAAUGGAUGUUCUACCCGUUCAAACUCUUUACAAAAAGAAGAAAAACAUAAAAGUGAAGAUAAAUCAGAGAAAACACCUGAAGAUGGAGAAUCUAAAAUAAAUACAGGGAAUUUAGUCGAUAAUGAGAAAUCUGGUCCUGUUAUUAUGACAUCAAAGGAAGAACAUGAACCAAUGGAUGUUACUCUUUUCAUUAGAGUAGUUUCUGCCAUGGCUCUUGCGAAUGUUCAACAUGGAGACUGGAGUAAUGCUAUAAGAUGUGUAGAUGCAGGUAUUAGUCACGUUAUCGAUCAAUCACGUUUGGGAGGACUUCUUGGAAUGAAGGCUGGUAUAUUGGUACAUCAAAAAAAGUAUAAGGAAGCGGUGGAAUGUGCUAAUUUGGCGGUAGAAGCUUCAGGAAAUAUUCAAGGAUAUAUUCAUGGGGCCUUUGCGUUGCGAAUGUUAAAGAAACCUCAAGAAGCGGUUCAUCUUCUUGAGAAGGGUCGUGAAGAUCAUCCAAUGAACAUGCAAAUUGUAGGACAAAUGGAAGAACUGCAGAAGGAGAUUGAACAGAUAGCCAAGGAAGAGAAGAAAAUGAUCAGUUCUUAA